AUGCGGAUGCGGGUGGUCCUGAUUGACUUUGAACUCAGCACCGCACGAGUCCUGACAGGUUACCGACAAAAUGCAGCCAGCAGAGACAGAAACACCUCCAUGAGUCUGUGCUUUAUUCAGUUUGUGUGGAUCCUGUCAGUCCUGUGCGGCACUGAUGUGUGUGUGGCAUUCGUCUACGACCGGCCCAGACGCUCCGGAGAGGACAGGACGUCAGCCAGGACAGAGUCUCGCUCUGCGUCUCCGUACGUGCCGACCUCCGGCUCCUGCAGGAACAGGUGUUUUGAGCUGGUUGAGUUGGAGCCUCCAAACUGUCGCUGCGACAACCUGUGUAAGACGUACAACAGCUGCUGCUCGGACUUUGACCAGCUCUGCCUCAGGACAGAGGGGGGCUAUGAGUGCAGUAAGGAUCGGUGUGGGGAGACGCGAAAUGAACAUCACGCCUGCCACUGCUCUGACGACUGUCUGACCAGAGGAGACUGUUGCACCAACUACAAGACACUGUGUAAAGGAGACAGUUCGUGGCUGCAGGAUGAGUGUGAGGAGAUCAAGACCCCUGAAUGUCCAGCUGGGUUCGUGCGUCCACCACUCAUCAUUCUGUCGGUGGACGGAUUCAGAGCUUCUUACGUGAAGAGAGGAAACACUGUCAUACCCAACAUCAACAAACUCAGAACAUGUGGAACCCAUGCUCCGUACAUGAGACCUGUUUAUCCCUCCAAAACUUUCCCCAACCUCUACUCAUUGGCUACGGGUCUGUAUCCAGAGUCUCAUGGUAUUGUUGGAAACUCCAUGUACGACCCGGUGUUUGAUGCAACCUUCACCCUGAGGAGCCGAGAGAAGCUCAACCACCGCUGGUGGGGAGGACAACCGAUCUGGAUCACAGCGCUCAAACAGGGAGUGAAGGGUGCCACCUUCUUCUGGCCUGUUGCCAUCCCAUUAGAGAGGAGGAUACUGACCAUGCUGCAGUGGCUCCACCUCCCUGAAGGAGAGAGGCCAUAUGUUUAUGCCAUGCACUCUGAGCAACCAGACACAUAUGGACACAAAAUGGGGCCCAUGAGCAUAGAACUGAACAACCCUCUGAGGGUCAUCGACAGAAUCGUAGGUCAGCUGAUGGACGGACUGAAGCAGAUGAAGUUGCACCGCUGUGUCAACAUCAUCCUGGUGGGAGAUCACGGUAUGGAGGAGGCUCACUGCGACCGCACAGAGUUCCUCAGCAACUACAUCACCAAUGUUGAUGACAUCAUCCUCAUCCCGGGAUCCCUGGGCAGAAUACGUUCCAGAUACCCCAACAACGCCAAAUAUGAUCCCAAAGCUGUUGUUGCAAAUCUAACAUGUAAGAAAACAGAGCAGCACUUUAAGCCGUACCUGAAGCAGCACCUGCCCAAGAGACUGCACUACGCGAACAACCGACGUAUUGAGGACAUUCACCUGUUGGUGGAGAGGAAGUGGCACGUGGCCAGGAAAGUUCCUGAGGGGAGGAGGCACUGUGGUUUCUCUGGUGACCAUGGAUACGACAACAAGAUCAACAGCAUGCAGACGAUCUUCUUGGGGUAUGGGCCAACGUUUAAAUUCAAGACUAAAGUUCCCGCCUUUGAAAACAUUGAGCUGUAUAAUGUGAUGUGUGAUCUCCUGGGUCUGAAACCAGCCCCCAAUAACGGAACCCACGGCAGUCUGAACCACCUGCUGAGGAGCCCCCUCUACAGACCCACCAUGCCAGAAGAGGUCUCCAGACCCGCAGCAUCUGGUCUGGUUCCUGCAGGGACUGACGACCUGGGCUGCAGCUGUGAUGACAAGAACAAAGUGGAGGAGCUAAACCAGCGACUGAGGCAAGCUAUUGAUGACAGCAGGAACCUGCCGUACGGUCGACCUGCUGUGCUCUUCCGUACCAAAUACUCCAUCCUCCACCACAGUGACUACAUUAGCGGCUACAGCGAGGCUCUGUCUAUGCCCCUGUGGACGUCGUACACCGUCAGCAGACAGGUAGAAAUGUCUCCUCUGCCUGAAGCCCUGUCCAACUGUGUGAGACCUGAUAGCAGAGUCCCUCCGGCCUACAGCCAGUCCUGCACCAACUACAGAGCUGACAAACAGAUCGGCUACGCCUUCCUGUACCCGCCACAAUUAUCUUCAACCACAGAUAAGAAAUACGACGCUGUCCUGAUCACCAACACUGUUCCCAUGUUUCCUGCGUUCAAGAGAGUGUGGAGUUACUUCCAGAGAGCUCUGCUGAAGAAAUUUGCGACAGAGAGAAAUGGAGUGAACGUGCUCAUUGGACCCGUGUUUGACUACAACUAUGAUGGAGUCAGAGACUCAGCAGAGAAGAUUAAAGAGUUUGUAAGUGGGACGAUACCUAUCCCCACGCACUACUUUGUGGUCCUGACCAGCUGUUUAGACUUCACACAGGCUGCAGACUCGUGCAGCGGCCCGCUCACCAGCGCCGCCUUCAUCCUGCCACACAGACCCAACAAUGACGAGACCUGCAACAGCUCAGAGGAGGAGUCCCGCUGGGUGGAGGACCUGAUGAAGAUGCACACGGCUCGGGUCAGGGACGUGGAGAUCCUGACAGGCCUGGACCUGUACCGCAGAACCACCCGGAGCUACGCCGAGAUCCUCUCGCUCAAAACCUACAUGCACACGUACGAGAGCGAGAUCUGA